AUGACAAAUCUUGAAAAUGGAGAAUCAGUUAAACAUGAGGAUUUUGAAAUAGUCAAAUCAGAAGAUUAUCCUCAUGAUUGGCUGAACAGACUCCCUACUAGUGGAAACACUACAGAUAUUGUUAGGAAGAUAACUGUAAGGCAUCAAAAUUUAUUUAAUCAUAAGCCACCAUUAGGUUUUGCAACGCUUCUUUGGUUUUGGGAACCAACCGUUCAAGAAGAUGUUUGGAGAAUUUUCAAAAGGCCAAUAAAAUUAAACAAAGAUGCUGUGGAUUAUUUUCCUUACAUGGCGGAUAUGGGAUUUGUUACACGAUCAGUUUAUUCUGUCAGGAUGAAUCCAGGUCUUCAUGCUCUUUAUCAGGUGAUUUAUUGUGCCAAUGGAAUUCAUAGAGGAUUGAUUCAUCUAAAGGUAGGGAUAUUAGUUUAG